AUUGUUUGUAACAGGAGUCACAGUUCAAGAAGUAUGUUAAGAAGUGGUUUGCACUGAUGAAUGAUCCACAUGCUGAGGUACGGAUGACAAUGGCACAGAUGGCAGGUCUGCUGAUCUCUGAGCGUACAGAGCCAGCUGUGGUGCAACUGUACAAUAAGGUGGCAAUGGCUAUCAUCCAUCGUAGCCUCAGUACUGCAAACAGGGAUCUGCAGUUGUCCAUCAUCACUACUGUCUACAAUAUAGCCUGUGUGCCCAAUGACAAGGUUCUCAACUUUACAAUCAGGGCAUUUGUGUUAUUUUUGGGCCAUCCGUCAGUCAUGAACCAUUCAGUCGCUCAGAUUUAUUUAAAGAAUAUUGCUGCUGUCAGGAACAAAACUGUGAAAGAUAUUUUCUUCAGAUUCCAAGAUGAGGUUUUUAAGGUAAUAUCUGAGCUACUCAUCCACAACCAGCUGUUCAACCCCAAAUGUGUGUCAGCAACCUUGUUGAACCUUACUCAGGGUCUCAGUUUCCAAACAACCAAAGAUUUCUUGGACACAUCAGGACCGAAGUACCUUCUGAAGUAUCUGCUACCACUUAUUAUCAAGAAGCCUAAAACCACAGAAAUAUUGUCAGUUGUGGCUGCUAUGGCUGGCACAGAACUCUCUUCACUUCUAAAAGACUCUUUUCAAUAUGUCUACCCACAUGUGAAUCUUUUUGAAGAUAAGAAGACUUUGGAGAGUGUCUGUAAGCUGAUAGAACAGUACACAGAAUAUUCACUUAUAAGUUUAAUUCGCAUAUCAUUCAAGGUAAUAACUUGUGAACUUCUAUUAUAUUUCCAUCAGGAGAAAAGAAAAGUUACAGAAGCUUUGUUGGAACUAAGAAGAAUUGAAUCUGAUACGCCUGUUGAAGUGAUCAAGCCAGAUGGUUAUCCCAACACAGACUCGGAAGUUGCUCAGUUCAUUCAACCAAGGUUCCUAGGAGUUCUGGCUUAUAUGGACAGUAUCCUUGUGUCACGGUCUGGGUGCGAGAGUGGGAAACGUCAUGCAUUGCUCACACUGCCGGAACUGAUCCGACUGAUGGGGAAAGUUCACAUUACUCCUGUACGGUUCAAGGUACUGGCAACACUACGCUCCGCCCUCAAACUGUAUGGUGACUCCUUCCCUGAACUCGUCUGCUUCGCCUGGCGUGCUUUUGUUCUCAAUGUUUCUACGCUGGGCCCUCUGCUAAGUACUAUCGUGGUCUCCCUGUUACCUCUCCUAGACCAACAUUCUGUGGAGAUCUCUAGUGUAUUCCACAUCUGUAUUGUGGACAACUUGGAGGCUGUGUCUGGAUACCUCGCUGAGCUCUACUUCUUGCCUGACACACCUCCCAUUCAUCAAAUUUACACAUUGGUCCAAAAAGAGUUAGCGAAGCUCAGGAAUUUGCCAGUAAAGGACCAGCUGGCAGUUACAUUGCGAAUGGCCACCCACGAGAAUGCAGACGUUCGACUGCUGGGACUACACAAGCUAAGAACUGAGUUAUCACUGCACCGACAACAUAUGGUGUGCCUCAUCAGAGACCAUGAUAACAUGGAUCCCUUUAUUCUGAAGUUGCUGGAUGCCCUCAUCUCAGGAUGUAAAGACCCAAAUGAGGGAGUACAACUGGCAAGUGCUCAGUGUCUUGGUGAGAUCGGAGCUGUUGAUCCUGGUCUACUUCCUAAUAGAGUUAAAAUGGAAGUUGAAGAAAAAGAGAUAUCAUUUGUUAUCAACAGCGAAGCUUUUGUUAUCCGAGCACUGAAGGAGUUUGUUCGAGCUUUCCAAGCAGCAACAACUACUAUGGACAGUUAUGCUUUUGGUAUACAGGAACUGCUGAAACUCUACAAUGUUACCAAGAGUGAUAUCUGGAAGCAGUUGUCAGACUCCACUAAAGAGAUUAUUUCUCCAUUCCGAGACUCUCGCUAUAAGCCAAUGCAAGUCAAGGACACUAACAUCCCUCAUCCUAUAUUUGGAUCUACUCAUGGGACAGGAUUCAAGAUGUGGGCUGUGCACUGGGUUUCUCGCCUUAUUCCAGCAGUUACAGACGAAUUUGUGAGAAAAGUGUUCUCAGUUUGUCAACUGGGACUGAAAAAUGACCUUCAGACUCUUCUAUUCUUUCUGCCAUAUAUUGUCUUGUAUGCAAUACUCGGAGCAACCAAAAGCCAGAGUGUACGCAUUGCCGAAGAGAUGAGUACAGUAUUGACGUGGAGUGAUGACCAGCCUGCCACGGAAGGGGAUACUCCAUUAGGUAGUAUACUUACAACUGGCAGCUCUGUACAGGACCUCCCAGUCAGUCAGGAGAAGUCUCUGACACACACACUCUGUGCCAAGACCAUCUAUCAGCUCUUUGACUUCCUGUAUCGUUGGCUCCGGGAGACCAAGCAGAAAAUCAAGCCUAAUGAAAAGUCUGCACUAUCACUGCAGUAUGAUACACUCCAUGAGUUUUUGAAGAAAUUUUCAAAACUGGAAAUUUCUGAGGGGUCGUUCAAGUGCAGAGAAUACACUCGUGCUCUGCUAUUCCUUGAGGAGUAUAUAACAGAAAAUCCAAAUACUCUACAGAGUUAUUUACCAUCCUUAGGUAUAAUAUACUAUCAUCUCCAUGAUCCUGACAGCCUGAGAGGGAUUAUAGCCAUCCACGAAACUGAGCCCACUGCACAGGAGAUGAUUCUGUUCCACGAGGUCACUGGAAAACUUCAGGAUGCAGCUGCCUGCUAUGAACAACUGGGGCAGGAGAAUGUUGGUGGUGAAGAUUUGUAUAAAGCUAUGGUGCAAUGUUACCUGGGUAUGGACCAGCCUUUGACUGCUCUGAAGUUGGCUCAAGGACUCUUGAACAGUGGGCAGUGUGUGAACCUGGUAGACCUGCAAGCAGAAGCAAUGCUCUCCUUGUCCCAGUUCCCUCAGCUGGAGCAGCUGCUGGCAGGACAGGAUGAAGGGUUAGGGUGGGGUGCAUCGCUCGGCCAGGCUCUGCUGCAUCUGUCCCAGCGACGACGGGACUUGAUGGUAGCUACCCUUAACACCAUGCGUCAGUCUCUAGUACGCUCCCUUGCUGGUUGCUCGGUCUCCAACAGCGGCUACCGUCAUAGCUAUGAUGUCAUUGUCAAACUACACAUCAUCACUGAACUAGAAAAGCUCGGAGAUAUGGUACUAAACAUGCUGGACUGUCAGAGUGUUGAGCAGAGCUCUGCUGUGUUUGCUCGGGUUGUACGAGAGGAACUAGACAAUCGGCUGUCUGUGGUACAGCCAGCGUGUCGUGUGCUACAACCUGUGCUGUGUGUUCGGCGUGUUGUGUUGUCUCUUGCUCAGCAGAUGUUUACCAACACCCAGCCCUGCCGUGGUAUCAUGCCUCUGUUCAAUACAGAAAUUAGCAAUAGCUGGCUCAAGAGUAUUGAAAUCGCUCGCAAAUCGGGCCAUUUUCAACAAGCAUACACCAAUAUCUUGACGGUGGAACCCUACAAGCCUAAAGGGUUGUUUGUGGAGAAAGCUAAACUGCUGUGGGCAAAGUGUGAGCCAGAAGCGGCCCUCAACACUCUUCAGUGGGGCAUUGAACACCACUUUCCUGAUGCUACAGAGUUUAAGACUCUCCCAGCUAGUGAGCGCUUGGAUGACAGGAAGUUAUUUGCUGAGGCUAAACUCCUGAUGGCAGUGUACAAUGAUGAAAACGUCAACAUAGAUAUGGAAACUAAUGUUAACAAUUACAGAAGUGCAAUGGAAGUAUGCCGGAAUUGGGAGAAGAGUGUCGUCUGUUUUGCACAGUAUAAAUACAAGUAUCUCCGGACAUUCUCUGAUAACUCAGAAUUCCUCACUAAAACAUUGGAAUACCAAGUGGACAUUAUCUACUAUUUUGGCAAGUCACUUGAGUACGGUUGUGAGUACAUCUACCAAUCCAUGCCUCGCAUGCUCAGCAUCUGGCUGGACUUCGGCACUCAGCUGGCUCAGGAUUGCAUCUCUAUCCCCAACCGUAACACGGCCAAUCUUGCAGAGCGUCGUGCCACAAUGGACAAGAUGACCACUCUCAUAGAAACUUUCAUCGAGCGGUUACCAACUUACAUGUUCAUGACUGCGUUUUCUCAAUUGAUCUCUCGGAUAUGUCAUCCCCUGAAAGACUGCUACAAGAUCCUUCGAAGAGUCAUCAUCAAGAUAAUUAUUGCUUAUCCUCAGCAGGCUCUCUGGAUGUUUCUCUCAGUGUAUAAGUCUCCAUACACUGUUCGGGUAAAGAAAUGUGAAGAUGUGUUGCGUUCUAGUGAAAUACAACAGGAAGGAGCACUAUGCCAAGUCAUCAGUGACUUUCGGGACCUUUUUGACAAACUAAUUGAGCUGGGAAACAAAUCAAAUCCUGAGAAAGGAGCAGCAAUAUCCAUCAAGUCUUUUCUGGGAUCUUUGUAUCGCCUAGUAUCCAGUCCUAGUUUCAGCAAGGUCGUGAUUCCACUCCAGAAAUUUCGAACUAUAUCAUUGCCUCGAUCUACCUCUUCCUACCAUAAUCCCUUUCCAGAAGAUAUGGUGUAUAAAUCAGGCAUGAAGGAAGAAGUAGUGGUCCUCGCAUCUUUGCAGAAGCCCAAGAAGUUAACAUUUAUUGGGACUGAUGGGAAGCAGUUAUCCUAUGAUGUGCAAGCCAAAUGAUGAUCUGAGGCUUGACUCCAGAAUGAUGGAAUUCAAACUCAAUUGUAAAACAUGUACCUGCAACGUGAUGCUGAGGCCAGGGACAGAGGACUGUAUAUCAGAACCCUACAGUGCUGUGCCACUGAGUGAUACAAGUGGACUGA